AUGGGUGUCAACGUUGAAACUAUUACCCCAGGCGAUGAGUCCACUUACCCUAAGAGAGGUCAGACAGUGGUUGUCCACUACACUGGCACACUGACAAAUGGGCAGAAGUUCGAUUCAUCUCGUGACCGUGGGAAGCCCUUCAAGUUCAAGAUUGGCAAAGGUGAAGUUAUUAGGGGCUGGGAUGAGGGAGUCGCAAAGAUGUCUGUUGGUGAACGAGCCAAGUUGACCUGCACCCCCGACUAUGCCUAUGGACAACAAGGCCACCCCGGAGUCAUUCCUCCCAACUCUACCCUCAUCUUUGAUGUUGAACUCAUCCGUCUUGAA